AUGAGCUCUGGGAAACUGCAAUACGUGGUAGCCCGCUCUGCCUUCUCGGAGGUUGAUUUCAAAGCUCAGCACCAGCCAGUUGAGAGGUAUCACAAAACCACCCUGGAUCAUGUGAAGAUCUACUUCAGAUGCUCCACCGCAAAGGCAAAGAGGAUCUGCCUCAGUCUGUUCCCAAUUGUCUCCUGGCUGCCAGCCUACAACGUGAAGGAAUGGCUCAUCAGUGACAUUGUGUCUGGGCUCAGCACAGGUCUCGUCUCUGUUCUACAAGGUUUGGCCUACGCACUCCUGGUCUCAGUGCCUGCUGGUUACGGACUGUAUGCAGCCUUCUUCCCCAUCUUGACCUACUUUUUCCUGGGAACAUCAAGACAUAUAUCAGUCGGGCCUUUCCCUGUGGUGAGUCUGAUGGUGGGGACUGUGGUGGAGAGGAUGGUGACUGACGACAGUCUCGGGGCCAACUCCACCAUCUUUCCUGCUGACAUGAGCAAAGAGGAGAGGCAGGUGUGGGUGGCGGGCUCCGUCACCUUUCUUUCUGGCAUCUUCCAGCUGGCUCUUGGCUUCCUCCAGGUUGGUUUUAUUGUCAUCUACCUGUCAGACUCACUGAUCUCUGGCUUUACCACAGCCGCUGCAAUUCACGUCCUGGUCUCCCAGCUCAAGUUUGUCUUCCAGCUGACUGUCCCUGGCUUCAGUGGCCCUCUUUCCCUGAUUUAUACACUGAAACACAUCUUUACUCACAUCACGGAAUCAAACGUUGCUGACGUCAUCAUUUCACUCAUCAUCAUGACCGUGGUGUUCGUUUUCAAGGAAAUUAAUGACCGAUUCAAGUCCAAGUUGCCGGUGCCAAUCCCCAUUGAGGUUAUUAUGACAAUAAUCGCAACGGGUGUCUCUUAUGCAUUUAACUUUGAAGAGACCUAUAACGUCGCCAUUGUUGGAAGCCUACCGAGUGGUUAUCAGACUCCCCUUCCACCCAACACUGCCGUCCUACAGCAGAGCUUUGGAGAUGCCUUCUCAGUUGCCAUUGUUGGUUUCGCUGUUGCAUUCUCUGUGGCCAAAGUUUAUUCCAUUAAGCAUGACUACACUAUCGAUGGAAACCAGGAGCUGGUGGCUUUUGGAAUCAGCAACAUGUUCUGUGGUGCGUUUCGGGGAUUUGCAGCAAGCACUGCUCUCUCCAGGACGGCUGUUCAGGAGAGCACAGGAGGAAAAACACAGGUUGCUGGUCUGUUAUCGGCUUUGGUGGUGAUGAUUGUGACUCUGGCCAUUGGAUUCCUGUUAGCCCCUCUCCCCAAGUCAGUUCUUGGAGCGAUUGUCAUUAUUAAUUUGAAAGGAAUGUUAAUGCAGUUCAGAGAAAUUGGAGUUCUGUGGAAGAAAGACAAGUAUGAUUGUCUGAUCUGGAUAGUGGCCUGCAUCGCCGCUGUUCUCCUCGGCCUGGACAUUGGGCUCGGUGCUGCAGUUGGAUUUGAGCUGCUGACCAUUGUCUUCAGAACCCAGUUCCCACAGUGUGCUGUAUUGGCUAACAUCAAUGAGACAGACCUGUACAGAAACAGGAAGGACUUUGUCAAUAUUUAUGAGCCAGAGGGAGUGAAGAUCUUCCGAUGUCCUUCACCCAUUUUCUUUGCAAACAUUGACUUUUUCCGGGCCAAGCUGACAGAAGCUGUUGGGUUUAAUCCACUCAGGAUUCUCCGGAAGCGGAAUAAAGCCCUUCAAAAAAUCAAGAAAAUGCUUUUGAGAGGAGAGCUCGUGGCCACGACGAGAGGGUAUGUGGAGACCACUGACAUAAGUUACCCGAAGGACUCAGACAACGAGGAGGACAAGAGUGAGGAGGACCCAGGCGCAGCACCAGACAUGCAGGAGUUGCCACUGCGGGUUGACUGGAGAUCUCCACCUGCUGGGAUUCAUGUUCCCAGGCUGGAAUUACACAGCAUCGUCUUUGACUUCGCCGCUGUCUCUUUCCUUGACAUGUCCGCCAUGAAAGGCUUGCAGUCGACCUUGAAAGAAUUUGUCAGGCUUGAAAUUGAUGUUUACAUUGCUGCUUGUGAUGGUCUUCUCCUGGAAAAAUUAGAAAGAUGUGGAUUUUUUGAUGAUGAAAUCACUCCAGAAAUAUUCUUCCUUACAAUCCAUGAUGCAAUGCUCCAUAUUCUGGAUAGACACGACUCCAUCCAUACUGUGAACUUGAGCCACGGAAAGCUGGCCCUGCAGAAACUCCAGUCCCAUGAAUAUUUAUCAUCCUGCUUCAGUUCAGCUCUGUAA